GUUGGAAACUAUUCCCAUGCACUAUCAUUUUUAAUCUUCCUCCUUUGAGAGUCCUCCCUGUCCCUGCCCCUUCUCCUACAGCAGCAGGGGUCUUCGUUUGGAGGAGUGGCGGGGUCUGCUGAAACGUUUCAGUAGACCAUAUUGCUCUGAAAAUGUCUUCAGGUUCUAGCUCGUCGGCUCCACCAUCGAAAAAGGGCUCUUCAUCAUCAUCGUCGCCUUCACCGCCAAAAGGAAGUAACAACAACGGGAAUAAAAAGUCCCCAUCAACACCUUCAUCCUCCAACAGAAAUUCAUACAGUCCAUCAGCUUCAUCACGUUCAAAUUCACCUUCAGGAAAAUCCAAUGCGAAAGCACUUGCACACAAGUCCAAAUCAUCUGGUGACAAUGACACUGCAAAAAAAGCCAUCAUGGGAGGAGUUAUUGGAGGAGCAGCAUUGUUGCUCCUAUUUACCAUAGCAUGCAUUUGUUGUUGCUGUAGAAAGAAGAAGAAGAGAAAGGCUGAUUACUACGGAGACAAUUUCAAUAGAAACCAAAGUAAUGGCUACUACAACAGUGGUCCACCACCUGCAAACUGGACGAAUCCUCAAUCUUCUGAAUAUCAUCUUAAAAUGCCUCAGAGUGGUGCAGUUAGUUCUGAAUAUGGCUGGAGAGGUCCUCCUCCUCCACCACCUAUGGGACACAGUAGUGAUAUGAGCUCAGCUGCUUACUCUGGUCCAAUGCAGCCUCCCAUGCGACCUCCCCACCCAGCAGUAGCCCUGGGAUUCAACCAGAGCACAUUUACAUAUGAUGACCUAGCAGCUGCCACUAAUGGAUUUUCCCAGUCUAAUAUGAUUGGACAGGGUGGUUUUGGUUAUGUUCACAAAGGAGUAUUACCAAAUGGCAAGGAAGUUGCUGUAAAAAGUCUCAAAGCUAAUAGUGGCCAAGGGGAAAAUGAAUUUCAAGCUGAGGUAGAAAUUAUUAGCCGUGUUCAUCACAGGCACCUUGUCUCUUUGGUUGGCUAUUGUAUUGCAGGAUCUCAGAGGAUGUUGGUUUAUGAAUUUAUUGCAAACAAUACCCUUGAGCACCACCUUCAUGGGAAAGGCGUUCCGGUCAUGGAUUGGGCUUCAAGAAUCCGAGUCGCUCUUGGAUCAGCCAAAGGGUUUGCAUAUCUUCACGAAGAUUGUCAUCCUCGCAUUAUCCACAGGGACAUCAAAACUGCAAAUAUCCUACUUGAUGAACAUUAUGAAGCCAAGGUAGCAGAUUUUGGAUUGGCCAAGCUUUCGAAUGAAAACAAUACACAUGUCUCCACGCGUAUCAUGGGAACAUUUGGAUACUUGGCACCUGAAUAUGCAUCAAGUGGCAAGCUCACCGACAAAUCUGAUGUCUAUUCUUAUGGUGUUAUGCUCCUUGAACUGAUAAGUGGAAAGCGCCCUGUCUUAAUGGAUGAUGACGAAAAUGAUACCUUGAUUGACUGGGCUAGGCCUAUUCUACUGCGUGCAGUAGAAGGCGGGGAUUAUGAGGAGCUGGUGGAUCCUCGCUUGGAGGACAACUACGACGCUGAUGAGAUGCUACGCAUGGUGGCGUGUGCUGCUGCAUGCAUCAGGCAUUCUGCUAGAAGACGUCCAAAAAUGAGCCAGAUCGUUCGUGCACUGGAAGGCGAUGUCUCGCUGGAGGAUCUGCAUGAAGGAGUGAAAACAGGGCAUGGUCCCCUGACUGGUUAUUCAAGCUCUGAGUACGACGGAUACAGUGUUGAUAUGAAGAAAUUCAAGAAGGCAGGAGGGUCGAGUCAGGAAUACACUAGCAGCGAGAUCGGUGACACUGGUGAGUAUGGCCAUUCAAGUGGCAACCCGUCGCAAGAAAUGCGUCCAAACCGGAGCCAGAUGAAUACCCCUUGAGCUUUUUGUUUGUCAUCAAAUUCCAAAUAGGCAACUUGUUGAACCACAAAAAUUUGGUCUUUCUGAGGAGUAUAGCACAGGAAAUCCCGGAUCAAAAUAUUAGCAAAGGCAUUCUCUGUGCACUUUGGUAUUUAUGUGCUCAAGACACUUGAAUAUUGAAGGUGAAGGCAUCUGAUUGCCAUGGCGAAUCAUUGUACACAAGUGGACUCGUAAAUUUGUGGGGUUUCAUGAUAACCUAUGCGAAUUUGUAUAAUUCAGUACUAAUAUGAGAUAUUGUACACGUAGGUUUUGUGUUUUGGAUCAAUGUUUACUCUUAAGUUUUCUUAUGACCGUAACCACAAAAUUUAGGGUCGGGUUUUGUGUAUUUAACGAAUUAAUUAAUAUAUUAAUUUUAAAAGAUCACUAUAUACGUAGAUUGCAU